AUGACUCCACAGGGGCACAGGCCACCCCCCAAGGUCAACCUGGAUAACUACGGGAUUGAUCUGAAUAGCGAUGAUUCCACCGAUGACGAGGCCCAUCCCCAGAAGCCCAUCCCCACCUGGGCCAGAGGCACUCAGCUAAGCCAGGCCAUCAUCCACCAGUACCACCACCCCCCAAACCUGCUCGAGCUCUUUGGAACCAUCCUCCUGCUGGACUUGGAGGACAUCUUCAAGAAGAGUAAGCCUCACUACCACAAGCGCACCAGCUCUGUCGUCUGGAACUCGCCGCCCCUGCUGGGCCCCAGAGUCCCCAGCAGCCUGGCCUAUGGCCUGAAGAAGUACUGAGGCCCCCAGGUGUUCCCAGCAGUCUCCACCCCUGCGUGUGUCUGUCUGUCCGCCUCUCUGUUGGUCUGGGGCCAUCCUGCCUGGUGUUCCGUCUCCAGGGGUUUGGCUGUGUGUAUAUAAAUGUCCUCUGUGCGCCGGGGGUUGCAAGUCGCGCAGGCCUGUUUGGAAGCUGCACUUGGCAGGUGGUUGGAGAGAACCUGCCCAGCCCCACCUGGCCUGCAGACAGCGC